UAUCUUAAAGUCCACAAUUUCAUUGGCGGCUUGUAUCUGACAGAUGCUAGCCACAGAAUCCGUAUCUGGGUGGUGCAAAAUGCAAAUUGGUGCGUCUCGCUUUUGUUGCCCGGAGAUUUAUGCACUUCGCCGGAUCCGAUUUGGCGAUUUAGCGAUUAACCGAUUUGCUGAUUUGUGGCUAGAUUGUGUGUGAAUGCGAUGGAGUGGCGAUAUAUAUAAGUUGUAUCGAGGGGGACUGCAAGCUGUAGUCGUCACCUGUCCACCAAGAUGCCAUCUGCUCAGUCUCCACUGCUGCUACUGCCCCUCCUGAUAAUCUCCCAGUUCCUGCUGGCCGCCACCCAGGUAGCUCCUCCGCGGCGGGUUCUCGAGACCCCUAACUUUGAUGGCGAGAGUUUCGAGAGAUUCGAUGGCAAUAGCCAGGAGAAUAGUUCUGAGAUGCGGGAGCAACUGAAGCAGUUACUAGGCGAGCAGUUGGCCAAUGCCUUUGCCCCACUGGCGACCACACCUUUUUCAAACCUGGCCCAGAGGCAGCCUGCGAUUGUGGCACCUACCUCCGGGGAGGCGGCCAGGGCUCAGUUUUCGGGUGAAACCACUUCCUCAGAGGAGGCGGAAGGCGAGAACGGCGAGGAGGAAGAGGAGUCUCCGGAGGAGGAAAAUUCCAGCGAGGAGGAACCAGCAGCACCACCAACCCCUCAAGCACCUUUGCACCCGCAGCUACCACAGCCCGUGGACCCAGUGGAUCCCAAUGAAGAUCAGGACCCAGAACCUGUGGCAGAGCUUGAUGACUACAAUGCCUGGCGGGACAACUUCUACGACCUCAACGAAGACGGCAGCUAUAUCUUUGGUUACGCACUUCCUCAUGGCGUCCGUCGCUGGGAAAGAGGCUAUUUCCCCAAGGAUCAUCACGGCCAGGUGGUUGAGGGCUUCUACGUCCAGCCCCGUCAUGUGGCCCAUGGACUGAGAUACGAGCUGCGAUGCUAUCGAGCAGACUCCGAGGGCUACCACCCACUACCAGUGGAAUUCCUGAGAAAUGCCCCCAAUGUGCGACGCGAUGAAAGACCUCAGGUAGAUUGCUUCAAUAACUUCGCUGGCAGGCGACUUUAAAAAGAGGUAACC